CCACCAAAGUUUGGCCGGCUGCCGGGAACACCACGAGUUAUUUCCCUGCUAUUUCCCGGCCCAGAGCUCUUGGCCCCUGAACAACUGGUUUCCUCUUGGAGUCUGGGAGGAGCUGAGCAGAGCCGGCAGAGAGUGAACCAGGACCGGGGAAUGACUACGAGAGGACCCCGGUAUUCGGGCUCCCUGUGCCAGCGCCAUGAGGCCUCUCCUCGCCCUGCUGCUCCUGGGCCUGGCGGUCGGCUCACCUCCACUGGACGACAACAAGAUCCCCAGCCUGUGCCCGGGGCAGCCCGGCCUCCCAGGCACGCCAGGCCACCACGGCAGCCAGGGCUUGCCAGGUCGUGACGGCCGCGACGGCCGAGACGGCGCGCCCGGGGCUCCCGGAGAGAAGGGCGAGGGCGGGAAGCCCGGACUACCGGGGCCCCGUGGGGAGCCCGGGCCGCGAGGAGAGGCGGGCCCGGUGGGGGCGACCGGGCCUGCGGGGGAGUGCUCCGUGCCUCCGCGCUCCGCCUUCAGUGCCAAGCGCUCGGAGAGUAGGGUGCCUCCGCCGUCGGACGCGCCCCUACCCUUCGACCGGGUGCUGGUGAACGAGCAGGGUCAUUACGACGCCGCCACCGGCAAGUUCACCUGCCAGGUGCCAGGAGUCUACUACUUCGCGGUCCACGCCACUGUCUACCGGGCUAGCCUGCAGUUUGAUCUGGUCAAGAACGGCGAGUCCAUCGCCUCUUUCUUCCAGUUUUUUGGGGGGUGGCCCAAGCCAGCCUCGCUCUCUGGAGGCACCAUGGUGAGGCUGGAGCCCGAGGACCAGGUGUGGGUGCAGGUGGGCGUGGGUGAUUACAUCGGCAUCUAUGCCAGCAUCAAGACGGACAGCACCUUCUCCGGAUUUCUGGUAUAUUCUGAUUGGCACAGCUCCCCUGUCUUCGCUUGAUGCCCACUGGAAAGUGAGCGCAUGCUCUCUCACUCCUAGGAGAGGAGGGUGUGACACUGAUAGCCACAUCAUCCAGGAAGGCUGGCCCCCCUGGAAUGCUGUGAAUGACUAUGGAGGGAGGCUGGGGGCCUGUCUGUCCUGCUGCUGGCGGGGAGUGGGGACAGAGGUUGUCUGAGAUAAGGGCACUGGUUGGAUUUAUUCCCAAGACCAAAGGAGUGUGUUGUGCGGCCAGGUGUAGGCCCUCUGACCCACGACAUCAAGGUGGGGUGCCCUCUUUCUGGUCCUCUGUUUCUCUGAGUCUUCCCUUUUCCCUCCUGCUCCUUGGCCCUUUUCUUAGAAAUCAUUCAAUAAAUCUUAAAAACCCUC